ACUGGACCAAGCGAUCCAGAACACAAGUCGAGCAUCAUCAUGGUGGAGCAGGGCAAGGAAGACGCUACCGAAUUUCAUCCGGCGCCAGUGUGGCUAGAUGAACCCUACUUGGAGCGCCUGCUCAGGGAUCUGAAGAAUGAUCCGGGACUGAGGAUCACCGAUUUGUUGAUCAAACCCGCCACUGCCAAGGGUGACAAUUAUGCCAGUGUGAUGACACGUGUCCGGAUUUUGUUUUUGAAAAGUGGCGCCAAAAACCCCGAGACUGAAUACUAUAUUGUGAAGACCACCUAUGAGAAUGAUGCCUUUGCCUCUGGAAUAUUCUCCCAGUACCAGGUCAGCACCACGGAAAUGCGUAUGUACGAGAAGAUCCUGCCCCAGUUGAGUUCGCUCAUCGAGAAGACUCGCCAGCCGGAAAAGGUCUUCGCCAAGACGUUGCAUGUGGACUACGAGCACGAGGCCAUCAUCUUUGAGGAUCUAGCGGUGACGAAAUAUGUCCUGGCCGAUCGUCUGGUUGGUUUCGACCUGGAGCACACCCGCUUGGGUCUCCGAAAGCUGGCGAAGAUGCAUGCGGCCGCUGCUGUUCUGAACGAACGUCAGCCCGGAUUGCUGACCAAGUUCGAUCACGGCAUCUUCAAUCGCCACACCCAGGCCUUUGCGCCCUUCUUUGUGAAUACGGUGGGCGUGGCCGCUGACUUUGCCAGGGAGUGUCCCGAAUUGGGGGAGCGGUAUGCAAACAAAUUGAAGAAGCUGCAGGAGCGUGUAAUGGAGUACUCCACAAGAGUUUACGAUCCCCAACCGGGAGAUUUUAACACAUUGGUGCACGGUGACUACUGGGUGAACAAUGUGAUGUUGCGCUACGGCGAGAAUAAGGAGCCACUGGACAUGACCCUCAUCGACUUCCAGUUCUGCAGUUGGUCCUCGCCGGCGGUGGACCUGCACUACUUCUUCAACACAUCGGUGCAGUAUGAAAUUCGCUACGAACAGCAGGAUGCCCUGUUUCAGUAUUAUCACACGGUGCUCGUGGAAACGCUCAAGGAUCUCAAUUUUGGUGGCUACAUUCCCACAUUGAGGCAGUUCGUCCUGCAGCUCGAAAGGGGCAGAUUCUUUGCUGUCACAGUUGCUCUGGUCUGCCAGGCCAUAUUGACCAAUGACCAAAACGCCGAUGCUGACUUUAAUGCUUUGAUGAAGGAUGACGAACGAGGACGCAACUUCCGGAAGGUAUUGUACACCAAUAAGAGGUUGCAGGACAAUCUCAAACGAGAGCUGCCACGUUUCGAUCGGAUUGGUCUACUAGACAUAAUUGACUGAAUGGAAGCCAUCAUAUACUUUUUGAUUACAAAUAAUAAAGUUUAAUUUUAAAGUUGAAA